UUGACAGCCCCAUCCAAGGGUUGUACAACGGAACCUAUGCUGGACACUCUUCAAUAUGACACGACUGCGACUUGUCUGUCUGCUUCUCCUCUGUACCAAAUACGCUUCUGGAGAUUGCCCCGACACCGAAACAAAUGUAUUCAGAAUCUGCCAACAGCCCUCGUCCCUCUUCAGAGGCAAGUCGGGAAGCCUGUUUGUGAGCCCCGACGAUGUUGUCCGCCUGGUAUCCUGCAGGUGUACCAUUGAGGGAAAUACGACCAACAUAUUCAAUCUUAUACGUAACAAAUUUGACAAUGCCAACCCGUUCAACUACACCAUAAAUAACGGCUCCCAGUUUCUCAGAUAUGAUGAGGAGACGAAACUCCUCCAAUUUCCCUCAUUCAAUACGAAGAACAUCACCUUGGCGCUGGAACGUAAAAGGAACACUUCAGAAAGGAAUACCAACCAUAGGAUCUGUUUCGAUUUCCAGGUGAAUAAUAAAGAAUUUGUGACGAUUGACUGUAAAGCAUCUUUAAUUAAGGAAGAGGAUCCACUGACCCAAGAAAAGCCAGCGUCUCUCGGGGUCAUCCUGGGUUCUGCGUUCACUGUCUUCAUCCUCAUAGACAUCGCCAUAUUUGCAGGCAUCUAUAUUCUUGUAAAACGACGCAUCCUAAAUACAUCACUACUCCGACCUCGUGUCACCGUCACCGCCGACAAGAACGAUAUCUCCUGCAGGCGGGCGAACACGGGGAAUACUUAUGUUGGAAUAACGCCGUCCAGCGAAUAUGAACCUUCUGAAGUCAAUGACGUCAUGGGUGAAUACGAGACAGCAGAGCCAGAACCCUUCAAACCGCCGAGACCAUUGCUUCCGGGAGCGAAACCGAAGUCUUGGUUUCAGUUUAAACGAUCUCCAAAGGUCAAGUUCUCUGUGGCGCAACACCAGCCACCAGACAAUGAAUACGAAGAUUUCACUCAAUCGCCUGAGGUCAAGGCACAUCAACCCGUGGCAUCAUUUGAACCUGAUUCCUACGAAAAUUUAAGUGAACCCACAAAGAUCCUCAAAACUCAACCCGGCGGUCAAACUGACAGACUGAGGCAGAAGCCUCAAGUUGCUCUAAAACCGAGUGCUAAGAAGGCAGUGAAGUCUGUUCCUAAGGACGACUGGGUUCCUGCUGAUGAAUACGAAGAGGUUGAAGUGUCACAGGUACCAAGAGAGCAAUAUGCCAAGAAUCCUAAAGGCUAUGCGGAUAUGAGCACCACGACAAAGCCCAGUCAAGGUCAAACUGACAGCCCAGGAACGAAACCCACGGAAUGUUAUGAAGAAAUGGAGGCCGCUUCACCCAUCAAUAAGUUGAACAUGAAAACUCAAGCUGGUUCAAAUGUACGAACAGGAUCCCCUAACCGGAACAGAUCCCCGAAGGUAAAAAGUCCCGCUGCUAACAGUGUGGUAAAAACACCAGUCAAACCUGUUCAAGGGAAGGUCGUACCUGCAGUUGUGCCCACUGAGAUGUAUGACAACAUGGAGAUGUUCCCAGCACGAAAGGAAAGAGUACCCAGUGAUAGAGGUGGUGAUCGCCAAGCUACCCCGAGAAGGCAGCGAACCAGGACAGAGGUGCAUGCUCCUACCCAGACGUACGACAACUUUGAUCCGAUCGCAGAGAUGAGGAGAAUUGCUAGAGCAGAGAGUCUUCGGAAGGGGACUUCCCGACGGGAUGCUGGUGUCAAUAGGGAGUAGGUGUCUGGGCCCCGAUCCACAAAACAGUCGUAGCGCUACGACAUUCGUAAGCUUACGAGAAACGAUAGAGUUACGACAGGUCGUAACGUUGCGAAAGCUUUAAAGGUGUCGAGGAGAUGAAGACGUUAGCAAGCUGAUGAUAUCAGAAUAUAGACUGGAUGUGCCAAUAAAUGGAUUGUGCCAGUGAACAGGAAGUUUCCGUGUAAAACGGACCGUCCAACCUUCAACAACAUCGGAUAUACUGGACUAUGCAAUUUGUUAUUGUGGUGUUUAGUGUGAACUGGUUCCACGAUUGGUAUGCGUGGUGUUCAUAGAA